AGAGAGAGAGAGAGAGAGAGAGAGAGGGGACCAGAAAAAUGGACGCCUACAAGCUCCUUCCGGACAUGAUAGGGAAUCUUUACGGAAUCAACCAAUUUCAAUUACAAAAUCCCCAUACGCAUCGCCGACUAGUGGAAUCGCAUGUCCAACAAGUUCAGAAAAAUGGACGCCCACAAGGUCCUUCCGAACAUCUUGUUCAAUCUGUUAAUUGUUUUCGGCUCCAAUUUGGUUUCGGGCCACAUAACAAGAACCCCUAACCCAAUCGGCGAGCAGCCGCUUUCGCAAAUAGCAAUCGAAAAGGCCGUUGUCGCGCUCCAUGAUCUGGCCUCAAUUAAUGCUCACCCGCUGGUUCUUGGCGUCGAGGGCGAGGAUACUCAAUGGGUUAAUGUUGAUCUGGAGUACUCAGAACCAUCACAAAAUGAUUGGGUUGGUGUCUUUUCGCCUGCCAAGUUCAACUCAUCAAAUUGUUAUGAUGCUGAUGAUUACAAAGAACAAAGCCCAUACAUAUGCUCGGCCCCCAUAAAGGCUUGUGUUUUUAUAAGUGAUUGGCAAGAUUUAAUGGAUCGUGAAUUAUUGUGCUUCAAUUUCUCUUUCCAUUUUAGAUCGCCUAAAUUGUUUUUCUUACAGUACAAAUAUGCAAAUUUCUCCAACUCUGGAUAUACAAAUACGGGCAAAGCUUCUCUAAAGUUCGAGUUGAUAAAUCAGCGAGCAGACUUCUCCUUUGCAUUAUUUACAGGCGGGUUGUCGUAUCCAAAAUUGGUGGCAGUUUCAAAUAUCAUAACCUUUGCUAAUCCUAAAGCACCCCUUUAUCCACGCCUUGCCCUAGGGAAGUCUUGGGAUGAAAUGACAGUAACAUGGACAAGUGGCUAUAACAUAGACAAAGCCAUCCCUUUUGUCGAGUGGGGUUUCCAAGGAGAUCUUCAAAGGCACUCACCAGCUGGCACAUUGACAUUUCACCGGAACAGCAUGUGUGGCUCACCUGCACGGACAGUUGGCUGGCGGGAUCCGGGUUUCAUCCACACCAGUUUCUUAAAGGACUUGUGGCCAAACUCCAUGUAUACUUACAGGAUGGGCCAUCUGUUAUCAGAUGGUUCAUAUGUCUGGAGCAAGAUUUAUUCAUUCAAAUCUUCCCCAUAUCCAGGCCAAGACUCGUUACAGCGUGUUAUAAUAUUCGGUGACAUGGGGAAGGCAGAGCGUGAUGGAUCAAAUGAGUAUAGUAAUUAUCAACCGGGUUCGCUUAAUACUACAGACCAACUCAUCAAGGACCUAAAGAACAUUGACAUUAUUUUCCACAUAGGAGAUAUCACGUACUCCAAUGGAUAUAUCUCACAGUGGGACCAAUUCACAUCACAGGUGGAACCUCUUGCAUCAACUGUACCAUAUAUGGUUGCAAGUGGCAAUCAUGAGCGUGAUUGGCCAGGGACAGGAUCUUUUUACGACACUCAAGACUCAGGUGGGGAAUGCGGCGUACUAGCUGAAACCAUGUUCUAUGUUCCUGCAGAGAAUAGAGCUAAGUUUUGGUACUCAGCUGAUUAUGGCAUGUUUCACUUCUGCAUAGCUGAUACUGAGCAUGACUGGAGAGAGGGUUCUGAACAGUACAGGUUCAUUGAGCAUUGUCUUGCAUCAGCAGAUAGGCAAAAACAGCCGUGGUUGAUCUUUGCUGCUCACCGUGUUCUUGGUUAUUCUUCCGAUAAGUGGUAUGGUUUAGAGGGUUCGUUUGAAGAGCCCAUGGGAAGGGAAAGCUUGCAGAGGCUCUGGCAGAAGUACAAGGUGGAUAUAGCAUUUUUUGGUCACGUUCAUAACUACGAGAGAACUUGCCCAAUUUAUCAGAACCAAUGUGUGAACUCAGAAAAAUCGCACUACUCUGGCACCGUGAACGGAACUAUCCACGUUGUCGUUGGCGGAGCAGGAAGCCACUUGUCAGAGUACAGCCAAAUCACUCCCAGUUGGAGCCUCUACAGAGAUUAUGACUUCGGGUUUGUGAAAUUGACAGCAUUUAGCCACUCGUCUCUUCUGUUCGAGUACAAGAAGAGCAGAGAUGGAAACGUGUAUGAUUCAUUCACCAUCUCAAGGGACUACCGAGAUGUUCUCGCCUGCGUACACGAUGGCUGUGAAGCUACCACUUUAGCUUCUUGAGCCCACGUUGGGACACUCAUUGAAGGAAGCCUUUUGAUGGUUAUGUAACAUAAUAAGCUUCCUAUUAUUCCAGUUGUGCCAUAAGGUAUUGUCUAGAAGGAUCCGGGGUCUUCCAGUACUUAAAGUACAGCAGGCCCCCAAAUCCUAUUUAGUACCGGUAGUUUGUGAGUAAACACCAGUGCUCGGGAAAAUAGAAAAAUGUUUGCUUUUUUGGUGCUUCGUAAAAUUGGGCCAGUUUGAAUUCCGUCCUUAGAAUCUUAAUUGUAUCAUUUUCCUAUCAUUGUUUUAAUGUUCGAAAGAUCAAUAUUAUCCUUGCCGUCACUUGAUUAACGGAA